AUGCACAAGCGAACAAAGAUAAAGAUUGCCGUCUUCGUGCUGCUGGUGGGUAUGGCUUGCAUGUUCACAGCGGUGGUAACGGACCACUGGGCAGUGCUCAGCCCGCAAGUGGAGAAACUGAAUGACACCUGUGAGGCGGCCCACUUUGGCCUGUGGAGGCUGUGCAAGAAGCACAUUUACAUUAGCUCGGAAAACUACGUGGAGGGGCAUGGCUGCGGACCCAUCAGCCUGCCUGGAGAUGAAAACUGCACUUACUUCAGGCACUUCACUCCAGGGCAGGAUGCUGAGAUAUUUGAAUAUAAAACACAAAAAGAGUACAACAUCUCUGCUGCAGCCGUCUCCAUCUUCAGUCUGGCCUUCACAAUACUGGGGUCUCUGUGUUUGCUGGGAUCCUGUACUGGUAAAGGCAAAGGAAGAGACUACCUCCUCAAACCUGCUGGCAUGUUCUUUGCAUUUGCAGGUCUCUGUUCCUUCAUCUCACUGGAGGUGAUGCGACAGUCAGUCAAACGAAUGAUUGAGAGCAAGGACACCAUUUGGAUCGAGUACUACUACUCCUGGUCUUUUGCCUGCGCCUGCACCGGCUUCAUCCUCCUCUUUCUCACUGGCAUCGCCCUGCUGAUUCUUUCCAUGCCCCAGAUGCCCAGGAAUCCAUGGGAGACUUGCAUGGACGCUGAGCCGGAUCAAGCGGAAUGA